AUGCCACUGCCUUCCAUCAAGCAUGCUAUAGGAUCCUGGUAUGUACGGAAGAUACCUUUCUCAUUUCCAGAUGUGGAUUCUGGUAAGCUCGGCUUGAAUUCCGGCGCGCAAAGUUCGGACCAGCAAUCCUGGCACAUUUCCACAUCUGUGACCCUGCUGGCAGACAUUCCAAUCAUCGCGAGAGCACCAAUCGACAUCCCUCCGACUUUCGGCAGCGCCGUCGCCCCACGACAAUACAGUCUAGUUCUCUGGGCCAAAAUAUCAGGCGCGAAGGUGAAAGACUUUAGGCUUGAGGUGCCCCUACAGAUCGUGUAUGACAUGGAGAAAGGUCGGGACAAGUACAACUCUUACAUGGCCAAAUUGCUUCCCGGCCGUCGUGAUUCGUCCAUCCAACAUUCUUCUCACGAAGUAAGUGAACUUUGGAUCUAA